CGUAUUCAUGGAGGACGGACGGACAGGGAAAGACUCAGAGGUACACAUAGAAACGUAUGUGUCGGCUGGCUGGCUGGCUGACGGACUGUCCGUCUAUGUGUCCGUCUAUGUGCGAUCUCUCUCUAUGGGUACGUACGGUGCACACAUACGUACGUACGUACAACACCUCUGUGCCACACACGACAGGCCACGUCACGCCACAAACGCGCACGUACUGGAUAAAUAUACACACACACGUGCAGUGAGUGCACGAGCAUAGCUUCCCGCCCUCUCACUGAAUUGUCCAUCCGCCUGAAACACACAUAUAACCAGACAGGACAGGACAAGCACACCUGACCUGAUGCAAUGCAUUCAACGCAAUGAGUCCGUCCGCAUGGCGGCUGGCUGGCUGGCUGCAGUCAUUGAAUGCAUUAGCCGACCCACUUACCGUCGAUCACUUGUGAGGCGCCGGUGAUACAGGUAGCCGCCUCGGAGCACAGAAACGCGACAUACUCACCUGACACCACAAACCAAUACAGAGAGGUCACAUGCCACGCCCAUAAACCCGGCCAUCCUCUCUCUCGUCCCGUCCCGUCCCGUGCUAACUAACCAACUAACUCACCGACGUGUCUUGCCGGGGUGAACAUCUUGUUGGGGUGCUUUGCCGACACGAGCUUCGUUUCGGCCUCUUCGAUUGAGAUGCCCUUGUCUUGGCUCAGCCGGACCACCUGCUUGUGCACGAGGUCCGUGUUGACCCACCCCGGGCACACGGCAUUGACAGUUACACCCGUCUCCGCCAUCUCAAGCGCGGCUGCCUUGGUCAGACCCAACACACCUGACACGCACUCAUCCAGCCAUAUAUCUCCAGGGGUGUGUGUGUGUGUGUGUGGUCCCGCACACCGACCAUACCAUGUUUGGCGGCACAGUAGGCCGUCUUGUUUGGCGACGCCACCAGGCCAUGGGCAGAUGAGAUGUUGAUCAACCUGAAUGAAUCACCACAUCAAGACACACACUACACACACAGACGGGCCGGCCACACGAGUGCCGUGCCUACCUGCCGUAUACGGAUGUCUUUUGUUCGGCGCUGAGGUCCCUCCAGUGUCUGAGUGCACUCUGCAUGGUGAGGAAGGGUGCCGUCAGGUGGAGGGCCAUCAGCUGCUGCCACUUGUCUAGAGGGAAGUCCACCAGCGGACUCGUGUGCUGCAGCCCGGCAUUGUUGACAACGAUGUCCAAGCCACCCAGAGUCUUCAAAUAUUACACACACACAUGGUAUGGACAGCAACAAAACGAAGGAGGGAGCGAUAGAUAUGGAUGGGAUGAGUGCGCAUCUUUCCCCCCCCACCUCGAUGGUCUGUUUGAUGAGAGCCGGCGGCCCCUCUGGCGUCGAAAGAUCUGCCUGGAUGUAAUGAAGUCUGCACAAACGCACAAACACACACGCACAGCAAGGAGGUCAGGUCGGUCAUCCAACCCACCAUCAUGCAACCAACAGUGAUCAUGUCAUGCCGUCUGCUCACUCUGCCGCUGGGAAGUCUUUUUUCAGCGUCGCAACCACAGCCUCCUGCAGUGCAGUGACCACUCACACACACCCGCAUCAACAGACAGAAGCCAUGGAUGAUGUGCACCACCCUCCUGUCUGCUCACCGCAGCCUCUCUCGGCCUCGAUCCCGAGAUGACCACUCGGCAGCCGUGGUCACAAAGCGCCUCAGCGAUGCCGAGGCCGAUGCCUGCAACACACAGACAGACAGACAGGCAUCAUACCAUGAGUGUGUGCUGUCCCUUCGAUCUUUCAUGUGUGCGUCAUUCGUACCAGCAGUGCUGCCAGUGAUGACUGCCCGCUUCCCGCGGAGGGAUAGCAGCGAUUUGGCGGCGCCGUUGGCCGACAUGGUGCUGAUGGGGAAAGGAGCCGUGGGUGGGAUGGAUACAAGGUGAAGCAGGGCUAGGCAGAUCUCACGCCUCAUCCAUACCCAUAGUCAUCUCUGCGCAUCGUUCGGUUGGCCGGAGAGAUCGUUUGCGCUUCUCUCUCUCGGCUAAGCUCGCCGUGCUGCGAGGAGGGAGGGGAGUGGGUUGGAUUCUUGGGCCCGUACGUAUGGUGGUGUGCUCUGAUGCUGCCACAGGAAAAGGACAAAGGUCAACGCACUUUCACGACCCCCCCAAAAGCACCCAGCUGGGGGGAGUGCUCUAGGCUACUUUUUUUCCGCCCGUUGGUUCGUCGGAUCGGUUCUUUCGGGGUUGCCAAUCGACCCAAUGAAUCAACCGAAAAAAACGCACACGGAAAAGACGCCAGGAAAGCGCAUGCAGCCCCCACCCUUCAAAAUCAGUCCCAGUGUGAAGGCCCCUCACGCACAACGGCGAACAGAGCUCGGGUGAGAAACACACCCACGCCGCCUCGUCAUUGGCUCCUCUGAAGGGCAAGGCACCGUGCUGACGGGGACAUUGCUGCAAUUGCAUUGCUGUCGGGGCGGCUGGAGGUCGGCCAGAACAUCGUCAUCUACCCACACGCAGUGCAGACGCGCAUCAGGACCAUUCAAGUGCCAAGAUGGGGCAAGGAGGUGUCUUCUGAUGGGUGAGUGAUUGUGUUUUGUGUGUAC